GAUAAGACAAUGAACAGUGAAGACAAUCUUCACCAGCCGCUUCUAACCAGAAGGGAAUCCGACAAAUCGACAUACCGAUCGAUGAAGAAUGCAGACGGGUCGAUUGCGACUGACUCGGAAACUCGCGCGAGCAGCUCAACGUCGAGUGCACUUGCGAGGAGACGUGUAUUGAGUGACGCCAGCUCUGUGGAGGAUUAUGUGUCUAUUGAGUUGCCGUCGUUGGGUCCUAUUGGAGACAACAACGCUCUGGCUAUUGCUCUGCACAAGUGCAAGAAAUAUGUGCUCCAGCUCUAUCUGUUUCUUCUGAAAGUGCUUGGUUGGUUGCCGUGGAUGUCCGAUGAGGCAGUGCCUCGUUGUGGCGAAGCAUUCACAUGGGUUUUCAACAUCGUGUACCCUAUUAUCGUAAUUGCCAUUUUAGUAUUGGGAUACAUACUGCAAUUUGCAUCCUGUUUGAGCCGGUCUCGGCCAUACUAUGAAGCCAUAGGACGAAAUCACUCAGCAAUGAACUGCAGUGAUCGAGACCAGGACCUCGACGUGUGUGUGAAUCCUAUUUCGACGUACUUUUGGCCGGACGUAAUGCACGCUCUCAGUUACAGUUAUGCCUUUUAUGUCUUUCGUUGGUGCAAGAACGAGGAACUGGAAACAGUGAUGACAAAGACAUUCCUUCAGACUAUGAAUAGCAGACACAUCGGCUAUCUUUCACGAGGAGUACUGACAAGAAAACUGAGGUUGAUUUUAAUGGUAGGGAUUGCUUGGGUGCUGCUUCAGUUUGUCACCAAUAUUCUUGUCAUUGUGGCUCGGAUUUUGGAUUGCCAAGUAACCGGUCAAGGACGAAUCGGCUUCAGUUCGUGGAUCGCAGCAGGAGAUGAAUUGACUGUUCCUCAGAUGUAUGUUUUGCUUGUAUUCAUGUUGAUCGGAUUUCUCGGCAUGGACAUGGUGUAUGUAGCUGUGGCUGCAAACUACGGGGCACAAUGCGAACUACUCAUCUUUCUCAUUCGAGGUCUGAAUGAGCGAAUCGAAGAGAAGAGCAUCUCACUCCAGCAGGCCAUGCGGGAUUAUCACAACGCUGGCAACUAUAUAGACUCUUUGGGUAAACAAUUGGCGAUUGCGAUGUCACUGAUUGAAGUGAUCUUCAUUGCUCAAGCGGUUGUGGCAUUUGUCUCAUUGUACGAUGUGAAGGACAGCGCCACAAGCGGUACAACAGAAAUACUCUUCUUUAUUGCCGGAGUGUCGUACGUCCUUCUAUGGUCUGCAGUUGCCAUAUUUGCAUUAAUUCAGGCAUCGAGGCUAAAUAGUGCCUGUAGUGCUACAGUUCAGGUGUCAUUGGAUGUUCGUCUUUUUGGCUACCAGGAUGCAACGCAAUCAGACAUUGACUCAUUCAUUGUGUAUAUGACAUCGCAUGGUCAACAGAGAGCGGCAAGACUAUUUCGGUUACCGAUAUAUAGUAGCCAUUUGUGGGGGUUGGUGGCAGCUGUCUUUACCGUGUUACUAAUUUUGUCAUCACUCGGUGUUCUGAAGUUUUCUUUACGCCUGUAGCUCAUCGUUUGUGUAAGUAAUAAUACAAAGUAUAAAUUUGAGAUUAAUGAACUCUUUGACAUUGACUGGUAUUUUAAAAAUUUUAGUACAUCUUUGUAGUAUUAAUUAGUAAGUAUGCAAAACGUGUGAUUGUAUAGGUUGAUAAAUAUUUGAUGGCUGUUGACGAUUGAAUGAUUAGCAAAUACAGUGACUAACAUCAA